AUGCGGAUGAUUUUCGGCAUAUCCCUUGCAAUAACUGGGCUAAUUUAUCCAAUCAAAUGUACAGAUAUCCCAUACUCGGACUUUCAUCUUCCGGAUGGAACCAAUGGCUUUGUGUGUAAAAUGGAUAUUUUUACAAUCGAUCAAGUUCGGGAAGUAGCUAAAAAUGCAUUUGAAUCAUUUUAUCUUGGAUUAUCGUACCGAAAAUUCCCCAAAUUAUUCGAAGAUACACAUCUAUUUCAUGAACAAGCUGAAAUUCUUCUCUCAUGGCCUGUUGUGCUCAGUAGGAGUCUUUACAUUAACGGGAAUCCAGGAAAAAUUCGCCUCGUCAUAAACAUUUGGGGACAAAUCAUUGGUCUAGUAAUGGUAGACUUCGACAUCAAAAGCCAGGAAGCAAACCACGAGAAAUGCAGCCCGGUACGCAACAGUGUUCAAGAGGAUAAUACCCAAAACAGCUUUUGGAAUGAACUUUUGAGUAUAGCUUCUCCCACGCUUGGAUUCAGUUGUGGCUUGAAUUUUUUUUCAGUGCCCACGGUUGAUAUGGUAAUGAAUAUGAUCCGAAAUAAUAAAUCCCGAGUCAGGGGGGGUCAGAAAAUGAACGAAAAUUACCUUGUAAAAUAUACAGGGACUGAUUUCAAGGGAGUUGACCUUUACUCUUACCCUGUGCGCAAGAGUGUACGUGACAAUGCAACUUCUGGUCUACCUGGUACAUUCCGUAUUGUCUUUGACGCGAACAAUUAUGAGUUCAAGGGGAUCAUCAAUGUGCAAGACAGCGAAAUUAAGUUUGGAACUGUAUGGGAUUUAUCAUCGACUAAACCCCAUAAAUUUUAUAGCCCGUCCUCUGUCUUAAAUCUUGGAAGUAAUCCAGACAGUUAUUGGCCCAGGACUUGCUUUGGACACAACUUCAAGUCUACGGCAAUAUGGCUUUAUUUAGAGUUCGUCUUGAAAGAAUGGCCGUCGCAAAUGGAUGGUUAUAAACUCAAUUUCCCUAUUGUAAAGAAGCAAGUAUUACGGCUCUGGCCCAUCAGAAUUCCAGAAACCCAAAUUAGCGAUCUUAAACACGCAUUUGCAAUAGGCUAUAACUCUACCCUUGAUGCCUACGGCCUGUAUCAGGCUAAAAUAAAUGACGGCAAAUUAAGUAAUUUCCAAAAGUGCAUGGACUUCACUCAAGACGAGAUGCAGCUUGUUCGGGGAGUUAUUGACCCAAGCACUCAAUCCUAG